AUGAGAUCAAAAGACAAAAAAUGCGACAAAGACAAAAAAUCGAGACAUGUGCGAGCUAAGAAAAAUUAUUCUUCGUCGGAGGAAUAUGAAUCCGAUUCUGGCAAAAAUAAAAAAGGAACAAAAUUCAUACCUUUUCCGACAAUUCCAGAGAAAUUAUAUAUUACGAAUAAUAAGAUUUCUGCAAGUCAGAAGUUUCAUACUUCCAUACCAUCGUCAUGUAAUGUAGAAAGAUCAAAAUCUGAAUGUCAAAUGAGUCCUGCUAUACAUACUAAAAAUUCAUGUGAAGAAGCAACAAUAAAUAGAUAUAUAGAACGGAAUUUAUCGGAUGAAAAUAGCAACUCAUACAAUUUUAAGAUUGAAAAAUAUAAAAAUAUGUGUACUGAAAACAACAAUUUAAUAACUACAGAAAAUGAAUUUCAAAGAGAGGUCAUAAGAAAGUUACAAUUAUUACUCAAUAAAAUGACUGUUUUGGAGAAUAGAAUGGUCUUAUUGGAAACAUCAAGCUUGAUGCGGCAUUGUAAUUAUGAAGCAGCCGAUGUUAUACAGUAUGAGGAGUAUGAUCUGCCAUUGGAAACUAUAGCGGCAUUAAAACAUUUAGAGGAAUUAUUAAAAGAUAGAUCAUUCGCAGAUAAAAUGGUAAGAAUGUAG